CUAACUUCCUUGGUUUAUUAGGCUGUCAUUUUUAGAUGUUUAAGCCUUUAAUUUUAGAAAUGUUAGUCUUCUCUUUUCUUUAUUUCUAAAAAGGCAUAUUCUCAUCAGUAUAUAAUAGUAACGUUGAAACAUUUCUUUUUUGAUAUUUGUUUGUGUUCUAUAAUACAUGUCGGGAAUUAUGAUUAGCAAGACCCGUCAAGUGGGUGGGGCAAAAUAUCUUGUUGUAUUGCCCGCUGUACAAUGUAAUAAGGCCCCAGGAAAUGAGAAACGCGGGUGUUUUACAAGAUAAUUGCCAAGCAGCUGUGCUCUUGGGCCAUAGAAUAACUGAAAUGAAAAUCUUUACCAGUUAAAUCGAUAAAGCACUUAUCGUUUGGAAAGGAAAUUCGGGAAAUUAGUAACGAUCGGCUUUCGUGGGAUUUUUCUUUUAAUUUAUUUCGCCCGCAAAUAACAAGACAGACGAAAAUAAAAACGUUAUCUUCGAAAAUGGCUCAGAUGCAUGCAAAAAGAUGAAUCGCUGGCAGUUGAUGUGAAUUGACAUUAAUUAGCACCUCCACAACAAUUUGGCUCCCUCUUUGCGUGGUAUACACGAUGAAAUGGACGACAUCAGCUGCUGUCAGUGAGUUCUAUCUGGAUCUGCCCGCUGUGAUUGUUAAACAAUCGAUUCAAGGAUUACGUUUCUUUCGAACGAUUUCAUUUCUACACUAGCAAUGUUUAGUUUUUAACUCAAUCAUUUGCAUAGAACCCCACCGGUCUCUUUUCAUCGAGUAUUUACACAGAUUUGAUUGACAACUCGUGGAACGCUCAUCCCACACAAAAGUUAUUACAUUAGGCCGACAGCGCAAACAAAACUCCCCUUGUGUAGCGUGUUCAAACUACUUGGUUGUCACGCGAACAAAAGGGACUGAGUGUAGGACCAAUUGCGUCUACAUAGACUGUUCAGUUAAGUGUCAGCCUCGAAAAUUAAUUUAACGUUGACAUGUGACGCAAAUUAAGUGCAAAAUCUUCACGAUUUACAGGACUACAUUGACAAAGGAGUAGUCAACAUGGCCAACAACAACACCAGAGAUUCCGCGGCCAAUGUAUCUCAUUCUGGUAAUGAAAUAGAUCCGGCAUGGAUUGGAAUUCUGGAAGCAACAAUCUUGUUCCUUGUCAUGUUGGUCGCAAUCAUUGGAAAUUUUCUAGUUAUCGCGGUGGUGUAUCGCCGACGCGAGCUUCGUCGCACAGAAACUCACAUUUUCAUCGUCAAUUUAAGCUUGACGGAUAUUUUCGUGGCGCUCUUGUGCAUGCCGUUCUCUAUGAUAACAGCUGUGACUCAAGAGUGGAUUUUUAGCAAUGCGCUGUGCCAGUUAAACGGUUUUCUAAACGUGUUCUUUUUGCUGACGUCCAUUUUGACACUGACUGCAAUUAGCAUCCACAAGUACAUCGGGGUUGUGCAGCCCACGAAGCGGAAAAUAUUCACUAGAAAGAGGACGAUCAUGGCAGUCGCCUGGGUUUGGGUGCAGGCGCUAAUGACGGCGUUGACACCGAUUCUGGGCUGGAAUGAGUACGAGCACAUUCCGGGCCGUACGCAGUGUUCUGUCAAAGUCCCCCGUAAUAGCGAGGUCAGCGAGUUAACAAACUGCCUGUUUAUCAUAAUUUGCGGCUUUGUGAUUCCGCUUGGAAUAAUGAACUUCUCGUACUUAAAGAUUUUCCGUACUGUGAAGAUUCACACCAAACGCGUCAAAAGCCACUCCUUCAGCGACGACCAAAAAUCGGCUUUCUUGAACGAGAGAAGGAUCACCGUAACUCUUUUCAUAAUCCUGGCGGCUUUCUUGGCCUGCUGGAGUCCGUUUUCUGUUCUCACGAUUUACGCAACCCUUGCAGGACAUGAAUUGUCCAAGCACUUUUCCGUUGUGGCCUACUGGCUGGGUUUCUUAAACUCCGCCAUGAAUCCCUUGAUCUACGCGCUGCGAACCAAGGAAUUUCGUCAGGGCUAUCGCCAAAUUUUUGGUAUACUGCUUCCUCGCUGUUUCCCGAGGGUUGAUAUGAGUGAGAACGAUUCUCAUAUAGCGGUUCUUCGAGGACGAAAAAGCCUGAAAAGCGAAGUGGUGACAUUCAGCAAGAGACGCCGAGCGGGCACGGAAAUUGAAAGCCACGUCAGUGAGGCUAAAAAUUUGGAACGAAAUGGAACAAGUAAAGCGCAGAGACGAAAAGAGACAGCUUCAGAAGCACGGGAUGAAAGCGACGUUGGAAGAUUCGAAACAGCAAGCGGAAUUUCUGUUAGAAGUAACGAAGUGAGUGGAAUUCCCGACAGCUACUAUUCUGCUGAGGAAACGAACGAAGGUUUGGACAACAGUAUUGAAAUUCAAGAUGAGAUGUUUGGCCACGGCGAAGGAAAAGAAGAGGAAGAUGCGCAUUCAAGUGGUAGCGAUUUGUCGUUGUCUCCAACGAGAGAAAGCUUCUUAUUACCUUGGAAUUCAACAGAUUUUCCGGGUGAACAGAACUUCCCGAAGAGUUUCGAGGAUGGCGCAAAAUCUAGAAGAAAAAGUUUGUCAUUUCUGUCGAUGCUUAGCGAAAAACACGAACUAAAAUGCCGAACACGGUGUCGAUCAAAGAGUGACUGCAGUACACUCGUCCAUAUGCCUGCUGGAAGUAGAUCUGGCUGUUCGUUUCCUGAUGUUGACUUUGCAAAGGAGCAGUCGAAUCCUUGGCUACGGGAAAAUUUGUCAUAUUUGAACAGAAUUUCGCCCAUAGAUCUAGAAAUUCUUGAGAACAAUUAUUAAUCGGGUCGGCUUAACAUAAAAACCACAAAUAAUUUUUUUUUUAUGAGCGAGGGACAAAUUUAGACCAAAUUGUUAUUCGUCCAUUGUCGCAAAAAUAAUCUUAUUCAAAAGGUUGCAAAAAAUCGUAUCAAUUGUAUCAGUAUAAAUUUGAAUAUUGCUGGCUUUACUGACCGCGUGGCAUUCUCAAAGAGGAUAAUUUGUAAUCUUUAUUCAAAACGGAGGAGAGAGACAAAUUGCUCAUUUUUUUCUAAUUUUAAACUAAACGUUAAGCAUUUUCACUAUAAAAGACUUCAUAUGACGUAGAGCUUUGAAAAACCCUCUAAAAGAGGACGUAGAUAAACAUAUUUUUACUGUUCCAAUAGUGAUACUCGCCUUCCAUUGUAUUAAGACGUAAUUUGCAAUGGAUGGCCCAUGAAUAGUUGUUUGCUGCCGUGUACGUCAAGUUAUCGCCUGUAAUUCCGUAACCUUGACAACAGCGGUCAUGUUAUUUGUUUCGAAACGAGGCCCGAUGAAAGAACUUCACAGGGAAAAGUGGGUUUCAAGCAAAUGCUUAUUGUCAUGAAUGUGUAGCCAAUUCUGGAAGAUCGGAACGGCUACAAUAAUGCGAGGUGGACUAGAGUCCGUUCGAGCUUUGAGCGGAACAAAGGCCUGAUGUUUUUUUUCUUACCCUGUAUAAAUAAAGUUAUCUAUUCUAUUCCAUUCUUCAAUUAGCUGUUCCAAAUCAAACUCAUUUUCAUGUCUCGUCUCGAAAACACAGACAAAAAGCAAACUCUGAAAUUGCGAAAUGACUUUCCUCGUUUUAAGAGUAAAUAAGUUGAACGGAAUCAACAGCAUAUCUAUGCUCUCUUAUUGACGUGUUGAUUUAGGUUAUCCAAAUACAAAUGCAAUUUAAAUGCAGAAAUACAACUAAUUAAACAAGUCAAAUAAAAGAGUUCUUUAUUAUCA